CCGGCCGAGCCGGGGCAAGCUGCCCGGACAAUCGCCGGGACACGGAGCGGGCUCGACCUGCUCCCGACGGGCGCACUUGCCCGCCUCCACCGCGCAUCCCAAGUCUGAGCCCGCGGGCGCGGACAUGGACCGGGCUGGGCGCACCCCGGGCCUCAGGGCGGCGGUGAGAGGGCGGCUGCUCCGGGCGGCCGCGGCCGCCGAGGGGCUUCGGGAAGAUGUGAGGGCCGCGGCGGGCAGGCCCUGCAAGGGCCUGUCAGGGAUCCCGAGGCGGGAGGGGCCAAGGGAGGAGGAGGCGGCGGCCGGACACGAGCUCCUACUGCCAAGUGAGAGAAACUUCCAGAAUGCUGCUAAAAGCAAUAAUUUGGACGUUAUGGAGAAACUGUUUGAGAAGAAGGUGAACAUUAAUGCUGUGAACAAUAUGAAUCGCACAGCCCUGCAUUUUGCAGUGGGGGCAAAUCACUUAUCUGCAGUGGAUUUCUUGCUUAAUCACAAGGCCAGGGUGGAUGUUGCUGAUAAGCAUGGCUUGACAGUAAUUCACCUCGCAGCCUGGUCUGGAAGCCUCGAGAUCAUGCUCAUGCUGGUUAGAGCUGGAGCAGACCAAAGAGCCAAGAAUCAGGAUGGAAUGAAUGCCCUCCAUUUUGCAGCUCAGAGCAAUAAUGUGUGCAUCGUGGAGUACCUCAUUCAAGAUCUGCACCUGCGGGACCUGGACCAGCCUGAUGAGAAAGGAAGAAAACCAUUUCUUUUGGCAGCUGAGAGGGGCCACGUUGAAAUGAUAGAAAGACUUAUCUUCCUUAAUCUGCAUACUUCAGAAAAGGACAAGGAGGGGAACACUGCUUUGCACCUCGCAGCCCAACAUGGUCACACCUCUGCGGUACGGGUGCUGCUAAGCCAGUGGCCAGAAAUAAAUGAGACCAAUGAGAAUGGAGGAACACCAUUCUUCCUGGCUGUGGCAGGAGGUCAUGAAGAAUGCAGCCAAGUGCUACUGGCAGCAGGAAGUGAUAUCAACAUUCCAAAUAAACUCAAUAUCAGCGCUUUGCAGAUAGCAACCCAGAAUGGCCACGCGUCCCUUGUCAGCUUUCUUCUCAGUGAGAACGUUGAUUUGCACAUGAAAGUGAAACCUAAGGAGUCCCCUCUUCAUUUAGCUGUUAUCAACAACCACAUCACAGUGGUAAACAGCUUAUUAAGUGCUCAGCAUGAUACUGACAUCUUAAAUCAGAGGCAGCAAACUCCUUUGCAUGUAGCUGCUGAUCUCGGAAAUGUGGAAAUGGUGGAAACUCUGCUAAAGGCAGGCUGUGACCUGAAGGUUGUUGAUAAGCAUGGGAGGACGGCCCUGGCCGUGGCCGCCAGGAGCAACCACAGCCUUGUUGUGGACAUGCUCAUCAAAGCAGAGAGAUAUUAUGCCUGGAGAGAGAAACACGGUGAGAGCAUCAGGGACCCAACGACCAACUUUCCUCUGACAUUUAAGCAAGAUCACUGUCAGGAGACUCGGCAUAUUCGCAGUCUCCUCUGGAACCUGGCUUACCGUCAGCUGAAGGCCAACGAGUGGCAGAGGCUGGCCCGUUUGUGGAACUUUACAGAUGACCAGAUCAGAGCCAUUGAGGAGCAGUGGUCAGGAGAGGGAAGCUUCCGUGAACACGGCCUCAGGGCUCUGCUCAUCUGGCUGCAUGGGACCCUGAUGACGCAGGAUGUGCCGGUGAAGCACCUGUACGAAGAGCUGGUACGUGCAGGUUUCCCCGAACUCGCUGAAAAGAUCCGUCAAUUCAGAAGCGAAACUGACUCAAAGCCCAAGAAAUGUGCAGUUUCAUAAAUGUCUAGAGAAAUUGUGUUUAAAUGAUUUUCCACUCAGCAUUCAGUCCUUUUAAAUUCAGUCCUUUAAUGCUAUAAAGUUCCUCAAGGAUUGAUUUUCCUUUCAACUCUGAAGAUGGUGGUGACAGGAUCCUGUAACUGAUGAAAAAAUAGUAUUCUUUUCCAACCACUGAAAAGCCAAAAAAUUUUUUUGUUUUUGCUUAAGGUUAAGUUGUAUGUGACUUUCCCAUUUCUGUCAUUUGAUGCAACGUAUAUGAGAGCAUAAUCUAGGAGGAUUUUGUACAUCAUGUUUUAAAAAUAUCUGAUGUGGGAGCAGCAUCAUGGCAUAUGGGGAAAUCAAGGGUUUUAGGAUAGAUGGUUUCGAAUCAUGUUUCUUGCCACUUAUUAGCUGGUGAGCCUUUGGACAUUCUAAUGAAUCUUCAAUUUCCUUUUCUAUAAAAUGAAGAAAUGUCUACCUCUUCAUAACAUUUUGGUGAGGAUGGAGGGAGAAUGCCUGUGAAAUACGUAACCUCAUGCCCGCAGUGUUGAAAUCAUUAACUGUUAUUUCUCUUCUAAAAGAAAUUGGCUUUGGAAAUUUAUAGUCACUGUUGGUUUUAAAUAACACAUUAUGUUACUUAGAAGGGACCAGAAGUGUAUAUACCAAUUUUUUUUAUCUCUUGGUGAUUUAGUUACAGGCGCUUUUUAUUUUCUUUGUACUUUUUUGGUACUUUACAAUUAUUUUUUUCACGAUGAACAUGUAUUUUUGAAAUCGGAGAAAGUUAUUAAACAAAUAUGUAAUCAAGUACCAAUUUAUAUCAGCUUAUAUGCACCUAUUCAUUAUACUUUAAUGCUCUCCAGUCUCAAAUUGUGACUCUAGGUCUGUAAGACCAGAAAUAAAAUCAUGAGCAAUUUCAGUCCAGUUAUUCAAUCAUGAAUUUACAGUUCCACAUCUUUGGCCCACUUAAUGUUAUGAAUGUUUAAAACAGGUAAUAUAGUCACAUGAUUCCCAAAAGUUUUUAACAAAGGUAUUCAGUGAAGUCUUGUCUCCAUCUGUUCUUCAAUAUGACCAGUUUUCACUGACCUUGCUACUCCUCUUCCCCCCCAAAAAUCUGGGUAACCUCUUUAUAUAAAAAUAAAUAUGAAUACAUACUCGUAUUGUAUAAAGUGUUUUAAUUGUUGAGUUUAAGUUAACUUAGGCUAAUACCAAUUACUUGAUGCUUUAGACAAUAUACCAUUUCCAGAGCUUAGAUAAAGCUUAGAAAGAUAUUUACAAUAUUCUUAAUUAGUUUUCAUGAUAGUCACUUCCGUUUGUCCACACUUAUGGCUUGCAUACUGAAAACCAUUCCUAAUUGUAAUCUACGUUCUUCAAAAAGCAGAGCCUGAGGCCAGAUUUUAUGUGCCACUGCUUUUUUUUGUCAGGGGUGCAAAUCCAAGGAAGCAGGAGUAAAUGAAAGGGGAGUGAUAUGGGAAGGAGGGAGAGCCAAGACCAGGAUGAAUGACCAAAUUGGCCACCACUUAGUAUCAAGCACAGCUGAUUAUCUGACCUCGAGGGUACUCUCUUCUGACAGAUAAGAGCCGGAUGGCUAGUGCAUCUCAGGACAACUCAUACAGGGGACAAAGGAAGAAUAGAUCUGUUUACCACAAUGGGGUGCUAACUCCGGGCUGCAUGAGUGGACUCCAGGGGGAGCCUGCUUUCUCUUAUGACUCACUGGGAGUGGAGGGAAGCCCUGGGCAGGAGCCUGCCAUUUGUACAGGCAGCAGGACGCGAGGUGCUGGGUUUUGCUUGUUGAAACCCAUGAGGAGCUGUUUGCCACAGUGGUAGAUGGGCCAGAACCCGGAGCAAGUGUUGCAUAAGAAGGACCUGAUACUCUUUAAGAUAGGGCCAGAUACUUCUAAUAAUUCAGAAAAGCGUUGGUUUGCCCCUAUAGAAAAUGAGAUAUUUGCCUAUCUCACAUUUAUUCUCUGACGUCCUGUUCAUAAUGUAAGGCAGUAAGAAAAACGAUUUCCUAUAAUACAGUGAGAGCUUCGAGCUAAAUCACAUUCAAAUUGGAAGAGGCUUCAGAUAAAGUCCAUUCACUUCUGUUAAAGAUUUGGAAAUACAGGCCCUAAACAGAUUCUUCAGAUUCUACUCGUUUUUGUGACUCACAAGUACUUUGUGCAAUAGGUAGGAUAAGUAGAUCUCAUUGUUUCACAGAUGAGGACCCUGAGAUUUAUUUAAAUUGCCUGGCCAAAGAUAACCAAGUCAGCCAGCAAUAAAACCAUGAGAAGUCUGGUCUUAUUCUCCUGGGUCAGUUUUGCCCACAUGGUUUCUUCCUAUUGGCCAGCCACUGAAAAAUCUGUACUCAGGCUUGGAGUAUUUGCUAAGUUGUCCAGGGCUACACCACCACAGGAUACUAUUUGGAUGUUCAGAGAGAACAAUGUGGGUCCAAAACUGUACAGUUUUUUAAAAGACAAGCAAGACUAGCAGAAAUAGGAUCAUCCUAAUAGCAAAUUUCCUUUGGAUGUUUCUGUAACUGCUUUUGUGCUAGUAAAUUUUUUCCCCUUUUACCAUUAAAAAUUAUUGAUAGGUAUUGGCCAUUUCCCCCUAUUUUUAAUUCUUAGAUUACUAAAAAAAGGAAGACAAAUAUACUAUAGUCAUAAAUAAGUCAUUACUCUUGGUCUUUAUCUUUUUAACUUAAAAAUAAAAACAUCUUAGUUUCUAUUAGUUUUAAUAGUUUUUAAAAUGAACUCUCU